AUGCAGAUGUACAAGUUUAAACUCAUAUCCCAGGCAUAUGAAGUUCUGUCGGACCCAAAGAAAAGGGACCUCUAUGACCAGGGUGGGGAGCAGGCUAUUAAAGAAGGAGGCCUGAGUGGCGGCAGCUUCUCUUCACCCAUGGACAUCUUUGACAUGUUCUUUGGUGGUGGAGGCCGAAUGAAUAGAGAGAGAAGAGGCAAAAAUGUUGUGCACCAGUUAGGUGUAUCUCUUGAAGACUUAUAUAAUGGUAUUACAAGGAAACUGGCACUGCAAAAGAAUGUCAUUUGUGGAAAGUGUGAAGGUUAUGGUGGAAAGAGAGGGGCAAUAGAGAAGUGCCCUGUGUGUAAAGGAAGAGGAAUGCAAGUUCUAGUUCAGCAGAUUGGACCUGGCAUGGUACAACAGAUCCAAACUGUGUGUCCAGAAUGCAAAGGCCAAGGUGAAAGAAUAAACCCAAAGGACAGGUGUGACAACUGCAAUGGCUGUAAGGUUGUAAGAGAGAAAAAGAUCAUAGAAGUUCAUGUUGAUAAAGGUAUGAAAGAUGGUCAGAAGAUAGUAUUUCAUGGAGAAGGAGACCAGGAGCCUGACCUGGAGCCUGGUGAUGUUAUAAUUGUGCUUGAUCAAAAGGAUCACAGUGUCUUUCAGAGGCGAGGGCAUGACUUAAUCACAAAAAUGAGAAUUCAACUCUCAGAGGCUUUAUGUGGUUUCAGAAAGACCAUUGAAACUCUGGAUAACAGAGUUCUUGUCAUAUCAUCUAGGCCAGGUGAAGUGAUAAAACAUGGUGACCUAAAGUGUAUCUACAAUGAAGGGAUGCCUGUCUACAAAUCUCCGAUGGACAAAGGCAGCUUAAUUAUACAAUUUUUGGUCCAGUUUCCAGAGCACUACUGGCUCCCAAGGGAGAAACUCUGUCUACUGGAGGCUCUGCUUCCUCCACGAGAAGAUGUUAUGAUUACAGAUGAGAUGGAUCAGGUAGACCUUGAAGAUUUUGAUCCAAGUGAGCAAACCUACCGUAACAGUGGGGGAGAAGCAUAUGAAGAAGAUGAGGAGGGUCCAAGAACAGGAGUACAAUGUCAGACAUCUUAAAGCAAGGUGGAAUGGAUGUCAUCUAAAAUGUAAAUUUCACAAUGAAAACUGCAUGGCUGUAAUAGCCACUGCUUGUGGUUUUUGUGUUCAGCAAAUUGAGUUGCUGCGCUGUCAGUAUCACCUUUUUGUAACUAAUUUAUAUUGUGUUCUUGUAGUCUUUAUAUAAAAGCAAGUGUCACGCAGCUGAGAACCAGCUGAGUUGGUAUACAUUUUUCUUUGCUGUGAAGGUUCUCAAUUUAUUUCACCUAUGCUAUUUAUAUAAGACUUUGGCAAUAUGGAUAGAGGCUAAGUGGAGUGUCUUAUGUAAAUACUUUCAUACUGGAAAAUUAAUUUCAUAGAAUACAACAUAGCAGAAAUAACUUCUAAUAAAUAGAAGUCUUCACAUUU